UAUUCCACCUUCAUCAUGCCGACCCUCUUCGGCAUCAUCUGCCUGCUGGGCAUCGUUGGCAACGGCCUGGUGAUCUGCACCGUCUUUAAGAAAUCCAGCCCCAGCAGCAGCGUCCCGGACAUCUUCAUCAUCAACCUUUCGAUGGUGGACUUGCUCUUCCUCCUCGGCAUGCCCUUCCUGAUUCACCAGCUGCUGGGCAACGGAGCCUGGCACUUUGGCGAGACCAUGUGCACCCUCAUCACCGCCCUGGAUGCCAACAGCCAGUUCACCAGCACCUACAUCCUGACGGCCAUGUCCAUUGACCGCUACCUGGCCACCGUCUACCCGUUUACCUCCGCCCGCUUCCGGAAGCCCACGACCGCCGCCCUGACCAUCUGCGUGCUCUGGGCUCUCUCCUUCCUCAGCAUCACCCCCGUGUGGAUGUACACGCAGCUCAUUCCCUUGCCCGGCGGGCUUCUGGGUUGCGGGAUUCAGCUACCGGACCCCCAGCGAGACAUCUACUGGUACACCCUCUACCAGUUCUUCCUGGCUUUCGCCCUCCCUUUCGCCAUCAUCACCGCGGCCUACCGACGGAUCCUGCUCCGGAUG